AAAAUUCAAGACAAAUGACUUUAAUAAGAAUCUCUCUUUUUGUAAUUCAGUAGGAGGAAUAAAGGAUGCUAGUAAUUCUGUACGUACAUUCAUUGAUUGACAAUAAACACUUGCAUUAAAUAUUUAAUAUGCCACUCUUACAUAAUAAAUAUUUUACAAAACAUUAAAGGAGGUUUUCGAAUAUUUAUUAGGCACUGACUUAUUUCAUUUGCUCUAUUCCCUGAUAUAUUACUAAUUCGAUAUCAAAAGUCAUUAAGACAGCCUUGAAAUGGCUCUGUUUUAGUCUCAGGUAACUUUAAAGUUUGAAACUUUACACACACUAGUAUUGCUUAAAGGGUAUAUUCUCUGCAGUAUAUGCCACGUUGGUUUAUGUACAGUUGGUUUGCACAUAGAACAAUGUAAUUAGCUAAUGUUAAAAGCUUGCUAAUUAGCCAGUUCCCCCCUUCCCUCCCAAAUUAUAUAUUCAACUAUAAUUUUAAAAGCCCAAUGGCACAGAGAUAUGUGUAUGCCCCACUGUAGCAAGAUUUUGAGAAAUGUUUGAAAACUUACUUAUGAAUCUUCAGCGCAUUCCCUGGGCUUUUUAAUGAGCUUACUUAAAGACUUUACAAUGUCACGCCUAAAAUGUGACUAGCAUGGAAAGAAAAGAAAAGGAAAAGAACCGUGGAAAAAUACAGUUAAAAUAUCUCUAAGACCCUCCCUCAGCUCCCACUCGCUCCCAACAGCCCCCACUUCUUAUCCGAAUCCUCGUGAAAAAUAGAAAGCAGAAUCCAAACCGGGAAGGAAAAAAAAAAACUUCACAAGCCAUCCCUUGUAUUUGCCCUCUGCUUUGAAUGCUUACAAGGGGUGUGCCUUAAAGAAAAUGAAUACAAAGCUGCAAUUGAUUUUCAUAAUGUUUCUGCGGUGUUUGAAAACCAAUCGUUUGAACCUCUGAGAUCUUACCUAAGUGAACCACUCCUACACAUCUAAGUGCUCCAAACUGAUAUAUGACAAUAUCUACUUUGGAUCACGUGCUCCUUAGAGCGACUAAGACGGAUAGCGCGUCAUCUCGCCUUCCCAAAUUUUUCCCCCUCUGCACAUCGGAUCCAAAACAUCUAUCUAUAGAGCAAGAAAAGGAGAAAGAUGUUUAACUCAGUGAAUCUAGGAAACUUCUGUUCUCAAUCGCGUAAAGAGAGGAGUGCUGACUUUGGAGACAGAGCAGGUUGCGCUUCCAAUCUCUACCUCCCUAGCUGCACCUAUUACGUCCCAGAAUUUUCAACUGUGUCAUCUUUCUUGCCACAGGCCCCCUCUCGCCAAAUCUCCUACCCUUAUUCCACUAACCUCUCGCAAGUGCAACCAGUUCGAGAGGUCUCCUAUGGUCUAGACCCCUCUAGUAAAUGGCACCAUAGAAGCAAUUACGCAUCGUGUUAUUCCGCGGAAGAUCUGAUGCAUAGAGAGUGUAUCCCGCCUUCCACCAUGACCGAAAUGCUAAUGAAAAACGAAAGCGUGUACAGCCACCACCAUCCCAGCUCUAACCAUCCUGCAUCUACGGGAUUCUACUCCAGCAUGAACAAAAACAGUGUCCUGCCCCAGGGCUUUGAUCGGUUCUUCGAAAAUGCCUACUGCGGGACAGAGAACCCGCCUGAGAACUGUCUGCAGAAAAGCGAGAGCAAACUGGAAUCCGACUCCCAGCCCAGUGCACUAUCAUCCCGCGGAGAGCAAGGCAUAGACCCGGAAGACGAAGAGGAAAACACAAAUCCAGGGUCUUCAGCCUCGUCUUCUUCUGUCAACAAGGAAGGAAGCAAAAACAGCAACUCGAGUGCUCCCCGUACAAGGAAGAAGAGAUGUCCCUAUUCGAAAUUCCAGAUCAGAGAGCUAGAGAGAGAAUUUUUCUUCAAUGUCUAUAUAAACAAAGAAAAAAGGCUUCAGUUGUCUAGGAUGCUAAAUCUCACUGAUCGACAGGUUAAAAUUUGGUUUCAGAACAGAAGAAUGAAAGAAAAAAAAUUAAGCAGAGACCGUCUGCAGUAUUUUUCUGGAAAUCCCUUAUUGUGAACACAUCUUUUCCCAAUCCUCUGCUGGUGAAGUAGAUCUGUACUAAGAAGGAACUCUGAAAGCAUGGGUUGUGGUCUGAGUCUACAAGCAACCUCAAAGUUUAAACCUUUUCGUUACUUACAUUUAUAUGUAUGGAACAGUUCUAAGUAACGCAAGGAGUUCAGAUAUCUAAACGUUUAAAGGACUGGAAAACCAUGGACUUUUUAUUUAACGUUUUGUCUGAACAACUGGGAUUUUUUUUUUCAUUUAGUCAUCCUUGUCCAUUUGAAUAAAUCGCAGUGCUGUGUUAUAAUGAUCAUGGUGAUGAUUUUAAUAUGCAGUUAACAUGCUAUCACAGACGCGGCCAAAACCUCCCUCUAUGGUUAAUUUAGAUACCUUGAUUUGGGAGUGUGUGUGUGUGUGUAUGCACACAUAUACAUAGGAGUGUGCGUAUCCACACCGACCAUUUGUGUUCUCCUGCUAUCCAUGCCAAGAACUGUUGUCGAAACCUAAUUUAAAUAUUCUGUUCCGUUGCAGCAAGAAUGGGUUCAUUUCAAGCCCCUCCAUAUAUAUAUAUAUAUAUAGAAUAUAUAUAUUCUAUGCAGUCCCACUUUUACAUUUUUGGGGGGUUGGCGGAGGGAGGGGUGUAUGGACGAGAAUAUAUUUGCAAUAACUGUCUCUAAGUGGUUUGUAAAUACAAUUCAUAAUGCAUUUUUUUCCCGGAUUUGGAAGAACAAUAACAGGAAACAACAAUAAUAAUAAAAGAUCUUUGUGUAUGUAAAGUGAAU